UUUUCUGUUGGUUUUCCAUUUCAUUCUUGUCAGAGAAGAUUUAUAACUACAUUCUCAAUGAUGAAACAUGCAAAGACAAGGUUGCAAAAACUUGGACUUGGCACCCUGCGGAAGAAAAACAAAAGAGAUCCUCCUACAUUUGCUUAGUAUGAUUUCAAUAUGUUCAUGUAGUGCACAAUUGUUGGCGCAAGUGAGGCUGCCAUUGAGUCUGCUCAUUGCAGAAAUUCCCUUUGACACCCAGCACACAGCCAACUUCUCCUGAGUGGAAACAGAACUCUUUAGUCUGCUUGCAACUUUUCCAACUGGCCUCAUGACUUGUCAUGCAGCAGAGAGGCCUGAUCAGAUAAACAGUUUUGAGGUGGUCAAAAAUGUAGAUGUUAGAGGAGAAAAAAACAAACGAAAAUGUGGGUGAGGCUCCUAUUUAGAAUUGAAGAAUUUCAAAUAUUGCUUCUUUUUUUUUUUUUUAAUACCAUCAAAAUACCCCCCAAAAAAUUAUACUGCAAAUUUUAGCUGCAGUAAGAUACUUUGGCAAAUUACAGUGAGUUACCGUUGCUAUGCAGUCGAAAAGUGACAUUUGACAGUGUGCUGGCGUGGCCAGGCCAGCGUCUUUUAAUUUGCAUACGCCCACAUGACUUGAUCAGGCUUUGACUAAUGAUUGACACCUGUGACUAUUUUGAGCAGCUGGGUGGGCGCUGCGUUCAAGGACGGCGUGGCUGGACGACAUGUGGACCUUCUUCUCUUGAACUUCAACCCGCGCGCAAAUAUUGACCGCUCGUCUGCACAACAAACUCAACAACUGUGCCAGUAUUUCACCAGUCGAUUUCUUCUGUCCCCCAUUCAAACGCUCUGCUCUCUUCUGAGACCUUUUCGACGGAACUCUUGGCAUUUGAUGCCACUGAAUUUCAAAGGCGGUUCCAAUGCACAUGGGGGACAUUUUCUGUCCUUUUAGUGCAGGGGUGUCCAGACUUAGUCUCCCAAAGGUCAAUGUCCUGCAAGUUUUAGACCUGAUUCAAAUGAUCUUCUUCACACCUUUCUUCUGAGCUGAUCAUGGGGGUAGCGCACCUUGACAACCGUAGCUGAAUGUUCCUAUUUUAGUGGCCACCAAACGUCCAUGCGAACUUUUCUUUUCUUUUCACCUUUGACCCACGCGCGUGCCCUCUUCGGGAAGCAGGUGGCGUGACGUCACGAUCACUCGGCCACGGGUCUCUCCUGAUUGGUCCCUCGGGGCUGUCCACGUGGCGAACGAGUGACUCGAAAGCCUCGGCGCGCGGCUGUCUCGCGGGUAUGAGCGUUCAGCCCGUCGAGCUGCGCGUGCCCGCGGGCCCCGAGCAGAGGACGUUUGGGGAAAAGUGGACGCACGCACGCCGCGCAGUUUGUUUCUCAGGGUGAUGCUAAGCUAACGCGCUAGGCAAAGCGCUGUCAAGAUGCCGACGGACAUGGCACUGCCCCUCUUCCUGUCACAGGAGGACUUUGCCUUCCGGAGAAGCCCCCAAGACCGGAGCCCCGCCUCCAGCUGCCAUGAGCACACCUCCAAGAAGACCAAGAAGCAGGUGACUUUCGCGGACCAUCGAGGCCUGCCCCUCACUAGGGUCAAGGUCUUCUCCCAGUUCAAGGACGCCAUCCACAUUCCCCACAGCGUCCGCCUCAUGCCAUCCAACCGGGACGAUGACAACGACGAGCUGGUCCUGGAUUUUACCCAGCCGGCGUCCGACUACGUCCUCUUCCGCCAGAAUCUGGACAGGAAGUGCGUGUGCCUGGAGAACUGCGUGCUGAAGGAGCGGACCCUGGCGGGGACGGUUAAGGUCAAGAACUUGUCCUUCGAGAAGCGCGUGCGGCUGCGUGUCACCUUCGACUCUUGGGAGAGCCACUCGGACGUGGAGUGCGCCUACGUCAAGGACUCGUACCCGAGCGCGUACAGCGACACAUUCUGCUUCAGCCUGGCCCUGCCUCGAUUACUGGCCCCCCACCGUCACGUGGAGUUCGCCGUCUGCUACCAGGUGGCCGGCGCGGAGUACUGGGACAGCAACCACGGGCACAACUACCGCAUCCUCUGGUCCAAGGACAAGCGGCGCCGGGACGGCGAUAGCCAAUUCGACUUGGGCAUUCACUUGGACGCCUUUGGCAGCCUCACCUGCGGACACGGAAUCCUCCCAGAGUGGCCCAGCUAUGCCAGAUAUGAGAAUGUGGGACCUUACUACUGAAGGGGGCUGCAACCUGAGCAGAAGGGAGAACAAACACAGAUGAAUAGAAAAACAAAACGCUGCUAGGUGAUGUCAUCACGUGACAUUUGUGUGGUCUUUUAAAUAAAACAUGUUGAAUGUUUUAAGCGAACGAAAAGCUUUUUUGAUAAUAAAGACGAGCUCUUUUAAAUGUGUUGGAGGAAGUCCACCAGAUUGCCCACUGUUAUAUUUUCCUUAGAAUUGUUUUUACUUGUUGAAAAUAAAACUUUUGAAGUUAUUGCUUCUGAA